AUGGCGCCAUCCAAUCCCAAUGCAACCCUUGACCGAAUGCCGGUAGAACUCCUUCUGACCACUGGCGAGGGUCUGGACCAGGAUUCCAUGAAGGCGUUGACACUGGUCAAUAAGACACUUCGAUGGAAAAUCCUUCCCUUUUACCCGGUCAAGGUCACACUCUCUGGAGAUGCUUCUCAGAUUGUCGCACGAAUGGCGCUCCUUAUGGAGCAUCAUCCAGAUUCUCCAACAGGGCCUAUGUCCCGAUACGUCAAGCACGCUUGCUUCAAUUUGGAGCCCUCCAGGUUGAUUCCCAGGUCUCACCCGAUCAACAACCUUGUCGGAAACUUUUGUCGCCAGCCCCAGAGACUCCCAAAGGUCACGGUGUCUUCUUACGACAUGUACAAAGUACUGGCAACCCAAGCUCUUCAGCUGAAGCAGCUUGCGGUGAUGGGCUUCGAGGGGAUGCCAAGAUGCGAACCACGGCUAACCACAAAGAUUCUGCGAGACGUCCAUCAGAACUUCCAGCAGCUUGAAACUUUGGUUCUUGGCGAGUUCCUGAACCCUAGAUCCCCUCGGGGCCAGCAACACUUCCGAACCCCAAAGGAGCGGGCUGACAUGAAUAUCAUGGUCGCGAAGGUCUGCAUGGCCUUGAGGUCCAUGCCACAGCUGACCCGGUUUGCUUUCGUACUCACUGAUGAGACAGUCGGAGAGAGCGUUGGCACCCCUCAAGAAAGGUUUGCCCCAUAUUACCGGGGCCAAUGGAACACCAAGGAGAAGUGGUACUCCCAGCUCAUAAGCUCCAUUUUCGGUGUUGUUCCCGGGCUCCAGCAGCUUUGUGUCAGAGCUCGCCCUUCAGUCUAUUGUCGGGGCACCAGAAUCCGAGGGGAUUCAAACCCGACUAUCACGUGGAAGACCGACCAGGACGAAACAACUGAUGAAUUCAACAACUUCUUCGUUUAG